UGGGGUUCCGCAGAAUCGCUGAGUCGGAUUACCAAGGACGUUAGACUACAAGAAUCUCACUUCGUCCUUUCGGACGAGGCUGCAGUUCCCCGAUUCGGUACAAAUGCCAAAUCGAGGUUCGAGCACUUAGAGACGAGUAGUCUAACGCUACCCUCAACGACACAGUGGGGUUCCGCAGUCGAGCAUUUAGAGACGAGUAGUCUAACGCUACCCCCAACGACCCAGUGGGGUUCCGCGGAACCGCUGAGUCAAUUACCAAGGACGCUCGCCUACAAGACUUUCACCUCGUCCUUUCGGACGUGGCUGCAAUUCCCCGAUUCGCCACACUGGCUACAAAACUUGGAGACCCGAUUCUAG